GUUGAAAUUGUUUUCGUAUUUUUAUGUAGUGACGCCAUGUUUGAAUGCAGAUUGGUCGCGUGACUACCGAAACACCCAAAUGACUUUUACACGCAUGGAUUGACCACGAGCUACAGAGGAGCAUUAGAGCACCCAGAGACAGCAGUCAUCAGGACCGUAACGUAACCGAAACUUGGGGCGGAAUCGAUACAUCACAGCACUCGAGUGAAGCCACCUAGCAGCAGCUAACUUCGCUUGAUAUAGCUUUUUAUUCGCUAGAUGGAUCGAUCAAAGUUGUCCAGUUAGUUGUAAAUUCAUCGGGUUUGAGUCGGACUGUGAGAGAGUUCAGUGGCUUUCUCUUGGAACUUGAAAGCCAGCCAAAUAAUCACGAGUGAGAGGGAGUAGAGAGAAUGGGCGGAUCCGGAAUUGGAUGAAGGCGAUAACUGCGUGGCGACAUUUCAUCACCGUUCGUGAAUACCCAUGGAGCCCACACAGACACAUCCACGCUGACAAAAAAAAAAAACAAACAUGAUGAGCUUUUUACAAGAUAAUACGGUAGCGGACAUCGUUAUUCAUUGGAUCCCCUUGAUGAACGAGCUAUACAACAGCCAACAAUUCAGUUAACUGUGUCGCAGGCAGCAGCUGGACAGCUGAAUGUGAAAUGUGUUGAAUAAGAAAUGGCCGCCCCUUUCAAGUGCUCAAGUGGGAGAGCGAAUGAGAAAUAUGGACGUGAAAAAAUGUGGAACUUGACGACUCGACCGAGGGCCGGAGACCCCCAUUGUUGGACAAAUCGCUCAACUAGCAUUGGAGCAUACAAAGAAAUUGACAAUUCCUUGAUUAUGAUGCCGGACAAAUUGAAUGAAGAUGCUCACAUAAGCAUCUUGCGUGCUAGGGCAGUGAUACCCUCAAUGAACAUAAGCAGUGCACCCAAGCCACCCAAGAAACGCUUUCUGGAAGCUGCGGCUGCUCAUCAACUGGAAGAACAACAGAGACUGGAACAAGAGCAACAGGAAUUAAAGAGUAGGGCUAGCGGUGAAGAUAAUUCGGCUCUGAUGCAAUUGGCUGAAAUGUGUGUCUACUAUCAGGCCAGCAACACGAGUCAUCCUUCUGGAUCGUGGUCGCCGGUGGGAGGAGCAUGGAAUUGCAUUGACCAUCGUGUUGUAGCAGUGGAACAGCCAGUCGAGCCGACCAUGUACUCAAUCAGUAUGAGCAGCACCGUUCAAAGUGAAGCCAGCCCUAAAGCUGCUCCUUUCUGGGGCUGGGCCAAUCGGUCACUUUUGCAGUCGGAGCAGGAUCUCGAGAAUCGAGAGGAAGAAGAGGAAAAUGAGGAGCCGUUAGAUUUAAGCGGCGAAGAGACAAUUCGUACCAACCAACAAGAGUUGAUCGAUCAUUUAGUAGAGAAAUUGUGUGCACGGCCCGUGUCCGGCAAGUUCUCCUCUCUGGUCCAAAAGAAACUGUCGCUAUUAGAGCCCCCUCCUAGUUCAGAGGCUGCUUCAAUCCAGAACUCGUCCAGUGAAGUCAGCAGCUCUAUCGAUUUGAAAGACUCGGUCAUGGUCGCCGCCAAGGACGUAAGGAGACGAGACUUGCCGUUGAAGAAACGUGAUCCUUCUAGCCUUCAUCAGAGCUAUGACCAACGUGGAGAAUUCUGCGACAGCAGCACGGCAACUAAACCGCUCGAGCCCUCGUCGGUGGAGGCUGUGACAUCAACGAAUAGCAGUAAGAAACCUGCUCCUAGAUCGUGCAAAGGCAAACGCUACUUGGAGUUCAUGUACGAAGGUCGGAUCACGCUGAGUAGCCGUGGGCUGAGACGCAGCGAAUCAAACGAGCAGCAGGCCGAAGAACAGGCAGCACCCUGUGACCAGUCUUCCAUCGGGAGCAAGAAUAAUAAUAAUAAAAGGCAGCGUCAAGUCAGACAAGCCGAGCCCGGAUCGGGCAAAGCGGCUCUCUCUCUUCGCGGACGCAACGCCAAGUUGCGCAAACUCAGCUGAGACCAAAUACCACAUAUUAUUCGCUGUAUACCUUCCUGCCUGUGUACAUAUCUAGCUUUCAAGAGAGAAAAAUCCAUAUUGCAGUAAGUUGUUUUCGCUGUGUGUAUAUGGACUAGAAUUGGGCACGAACGCUUAUCAUUUUCAUAAACACACCCGUUCACUAUGAUUGCUCUAAAACAUGCGAGUGCCAAUUCUACUAUGUUUAUUUAUCGUCGCCGUAUUCGCAGAUACAUGACCACUACCCCCUUUUUUUUCCUUUCCUCUUCAGAUAUAUAAUACUAAUUCAAUAGAAGUCGGAAGUGGUUGUAUAUCUAGUCAAGUUUCAUUUCACAGUUACUCGAUCAAACCAUUCAGGCUCGUUUAGAACGUUUUUUUAACUUUACUUACGUCCAUUUUUUUUUUCACGCUGCCGUGUCAGUCAGACAUUAAAUCAUGGAAAGUACAAUCAUUUUUGUCACAUGUAUUGCUGUGUAACUGUGUUACAACUUGAAACGCCGAAGUCUGCGAUGAUAAAAAUCAAAUUAUAUAAUCGUCAUUAUUAGUAACUAAUUUAACAGUAACCAGUACCCUUUUCUAGCGUGUGUACAGAAACAGUGCUGUAUGGUAAUAGUUAUUGAGCACUUUUCACAAUUAAAAAAAAAAUUUGUCUCACUUCUGAACAAAUACAAUCAUAUAAGAAAUAAAAUAACACAAUGAA